UUCAGUGACCGGGAGGACGAGAGACUGGCUGAGGGACUUCCGUGGAGCCGGUGUGAGGGCCGGGAACGUUCCACCCAAGCGGCUUCAUAGUGGACGAGGGUCCCUGGAGGAAGACGUGUCGUCCGGCCCCCAGCCUCGCUCCGCGCCUGAGCCGACCUGCCUCCAACCUGCCAGCGCCAGGGUUUUCCCUGAGGGGAAGCGACGCUGCUCCGAGGAGGGCAGCCGGCGCGUCCCUGCCAGUCCUGAAGAGUACAGCGCCGAGUGGAGGGCCGACGCUGCCUCAGAACCUCCUCACAUUCCCCGGAGAUGCCAUUCAGCUAACUGCGCUGCCACACAGCCCCAACCCCUGCUAUGAGCCACCCCAAAGCACACCUCUUCUGGGUAGCUUCCACAAGGAAUUAGGCAUACCCUCACUGUCAGUUCCAUCCGCCCUGGAAUCCUGGGUCUGAGUCAGAUUAGGUCGUGCUGAGCGCAUCUAAGUUGGUGUCCUCAGGUCCUGAUGGGAGCACCAAUAAAACCUCAUCUAAUUUUAAGGCUCUAGUAAGAAGGCACCCGUGUGUUAGAUACCUUUAGACCAGCUUGGGAGCCUUGGCAGCAGUCUAGGUCUCUUCUCCAAAAUCAAGUCCAAAGGAUGGCCAACUGGUUAUUAUUAGUGCUCCCUUCUUCAAAUAGGAACACCAACAAUAACCUGUCUGUGUUCUAAGGGCAGUUCAACACUAGAAAGAGGCCCCUUUUGUACUAUAUUCUGCUCAAAGAAAGGACACACCAGUAGUUUGUUUUGAAAGCACAUAAAGUGCCCAUUUCUACUUUGAUGAGAGUUCCAGAGGCUGGCUUAUAUAAAUUCUCUUUCUAGCAAUGCUUCUCUGCCUCAUUAACUCAGUAGAUGGUGUCAUUGGUACUAGAUGUAUUUAUCAAUCUCCUAGUUUAAUAGAUCAAUGUUUUCCAGAUUUAGGGACAUCCUUCAGAAAAAAAAAUCAAGCAUUCGUGCAUUGAAGGCUGCAUUUUUUGAGAGGGGGAGGGAAUAACGGUGCCUCUGGAUAUGUCCAAGUGUGGGCUGUUCUAAGACUUGCUAAUGAAUGAUCUGUAACAGGAAGAGGAAUUCACGAAGAAAGGGAAAACACUUGAAAAGACUCCUCUUGAAGGUGGUGUGUAUUUGAUUCUCAUCGAUCCAGUGCUGCUAUUCAUGAUGAACAGAAAGAAAGGAGACAAGGGGUUUGAGAGCCCGAGACCAUAUAAAUUAACUCAUCAGGUGGUCUGUAUAAACAACAUAAAUUUCCAGAGAAAAUCUGUUGUUGGUUAUGUGGAGCUGACAAUAUUUCCCACUGUGGCAAACCUGAAUAGAAUCAAGCUUAACAGUAAACAAUGUAGGAUAUACAGAGUGAGAGUCAAUGAUUUGGAAGCAGCUUUUAUUUAUAAUGACCCCACGCUUGAAGUUUGUCAUAAUGAAUCAAAACAGAGAAACCUCAACUACUUUUCCAAUGCUUAUGCUGCCGCGGUCAGUGCUGUGGACCCAGAUGCAGGAAAUGGAGAGCUGUGUAUUAAGGUGCCAUCAGAGCUGUGGAAGCAAGUUGAUGAGUUAAAAGCCCUAAAAGUACAUAUAAAUUUUUCUCUGGAUCAGCCAAAAGGAGGUCUUCAUUUUGUGGUACCCAAUGUGGAAGGCAGUUUGGCUGAAAGAGGGGCCCAUGUCUUCUCUUGUGGAUAUCAAAAUUCUACAAGGUUUUGGUUUCCUUGUGUUGAUUCAUAUUCUGAACUGUGCACAUGGAAACUGGAGUAUACAGUUGAUGCGACAAUGGUGGCUGUCUCAAAUGGAGAUCUGGUAGAAACAGUGUACACUCACGAUAUGAGAAAAAAGACCUUUCACUAUAUGCUGACGAUUCCAACUGCAGCCCCUAAUAUCUCUUUGGCUAUAGGACCAUUUGAAAUCCUCGUUGACCCAUACAUGCAUGAGGUGACUCAUUUUUGCUUACCUCAGCUUCUCCCACUGCUCAAACAUACAACUUCCUAUCUCCAUGAAGUCUUUGAAUUCUAUGAAGAGAUACUUACCUGCCGUUACCCUUACUCCUGUUUCAAAACAGUUUUUGUAGAUGAGGCAUAUGUUGAAGUCGCUGCUUAUGCUUCCAUGAGCAUAUUUAGCACAAACCUUUUGCACAGUGCAAUGAUAAUAGACGAGACCCCACUGACCAGGAGAUGUUUGGCUCAAGCCCUAGCCCAGCAGUUCUUUGGUUGUUUCAUAUCCAGAAUGUCUUGGUCAGAUGAGUGGGUGUUGAAAGGAAUCUCUGGUUAUAUUUAUGGCCUUUGGAUGAAGAAAACCUUUGGCGUAAAUGAGUAUCGACAUUGGAUCAAGGAGGAACUAGACAAAAUAGUGGUGUAUGAACUGAAGACUGGUGGAGUCUUGCUGCAUCCAAUAUUUGGUGGAGGAAAAGAAAAAGACAACCCUUCAUCACAUCUGCAUUUUUCCAUAAAACAUCCACACACUUUAUCAUGGGAAUACUACACUAUGUUCCAGUGUAAGGCCCACCUAGUCAUGAGGCUGAUAGAAAACAGAAUAAGCAUGGAAUUCAUGUUACAAGUUUUCAACAAACUGUUGAGUCUGGCCAGUACCGCCUCAUCCCAGAAGUUCCAGUCUCAUAUGUGGAGUCAGAUGCUGGUUUCCACAUCUGGGUUUUUGAAAUCCAUCUCCAACGUCUCUGGCAAAGAUAUCCAGCCAUUAAUAAAGCAAUGGGUAGAUCAGAGCAGCGUGGUAAAGUUUUAUGGAAGUUUUGCAUUUAAUAGGAAACGAAACGUACUGGAGUUAGAAAUAAAGCAGGACUAUACAUCUCCUGGAACCCAGAAAUAUGUGGGCCCUCUGAAAGUAACGGUGCAAGAGCUUGACGGAUCUUUCAACCACACUCUGCAAAUAGAAGAAAACAGCCUUAAACAUGACAUACCCUGCCAUUCAAAGAGCAGACGGAAUAAGAAGAAGAAGAUUCCCCUGAUGAAUGGAGAGGAAGUAGACAUGGAUCUUUCUGCCAUGGACGCCGACUCUCCUUUGCUCUGGAUAAGAAUAGACCCGGACAUGUCUGUAUUAAGGAAGGUAGAAUUUGAACAGGCUGACUUCAUGUGGCAGUACCAGCUCAGAUAUGAGAGAGAUGUGGUUGCACAGGAGGAAUCCAUUUUGGCCCUGCAGAAGUUCCCCACUCCAGCAUCACGGCUUGCACUGACCGAUAUCCUCGAACAAGAGCAGUGUUUCUACCGAGUGAGAAUAAUGGCAUGCUUCUGUCUUGCCAAGAUCGCCAAUUUCAUGGUGAGCACAUGGACGGGGCCGCCAGCUAUGAAGUCUCUCUUCACCCGCAUGUUCUGCUGUAAAAGUUGCCCCAACAUUGUGAAAACCAACAACUUCAUGAACUUCCAGAGUUACUUCCUUCAAAAGACAAUGCCCGUUGCAAUGGCUUUGCUGAGAGAUGUUCAUAAUCUGUGUCCUAAAGAGGUUUUAACAUUCAUUUUAGACCUAAUCAAGUACAACGACAACAGAAAAAACAAGUUUUCAGACAACUAUUACAGAGCUGAACUGAUAGAUGCCCUAGCAAACUCUGUAACCCCUGCUGUCAGUGUGAACAACGAAGCUCGGACACUAGAUAAUUUAAACCCAGAUGUUCGCCUCAUUCUUGAAGAAAUUACCAGGUUCUUAAAUAUGGAAAAGCUACUACCCAGUUACAGGCACACCAUUACAGUCAGCUGCCUGAAUGCUAUUCGUAUACUGCAGAAGAACGGGCACGUCCCAAGCGAUCCUGCUGUCUUUAAGUCAUAUGCAGAAUAUGGGCACUUUGUGGAUAUCCGAAUAGCAGCCUUGGAGGCAGUUGUAGACUAUACAAAAGUUGACAGGAGCUAUGAGGAAUUACAGUGGCUGCUGAAUAUGGUUCAGAAUGACCCUGUGCCCUACAUAAGACAUAAGAUCUUGAACAUGUUGACAAAGAACCCACCGUUUACCAAGAACAUGGAGUCUCCUUUGUGCAAUGAAGCUCUAGUGGAUCAACUCUGGAAACUUAUGAAUUCAGGUACAUCUCACGACUGGCGGCUGCGGUGUGGCGCUGUUGACCUGUACUCCACCCUGUUUGGUCUCAGCAGACCUUCUUGUUUGCCACUGCCAGAACUCGGGUUGGUCCUUAACCUGAAAGAAAAGAAAGCUGUGCUGAAUCCCACCAUCAUCCCUGAGUCGGGGUCAAGUGGCCCAGAACCUGCCAACAACCCUAACAACCUGGGACAGAUAGUUGGCUUCCAAAGCACCGAGGAUGAUCAUCUUGUUAAAGAAGCAGCAGCCAUACCUCCUGCUCACCAGCAGGGGUUGAAGAGGAAAGCUGACACGCCUCUGGGGUCCCCGCUGGAACCAGGCCAGAUCCUUGAGAAGAGUGAAGACAGUAAAGUCAAACUCAAGAUAAGGUUCUCAAACUCGCAAGAGGAGGAAGAGAUUGAUAUGGACACUGUUCAUGAUAGUCAGGCUUUUAUCUACCAUCAUUUGAACAUGUUGGAAAGACCGUCAACACCAGGUAAAGAACAGUCUUCACUCGACUUAAACAUGUUGCCAAUCCCUGCGCCUCCGCUGCCUGGGUUCACGAAAGAGUCCAGCUCCUCGAAGCACAGUGAGCACCAUCACCACCACCAUCACGAGCACAAGAAGAAGAAGAAGAAGCACAAACACAAGCAUAAGCACAAACACAAACACGACAGCAAGGAGAAGGAGAAGGAGCCCUUCACCUUCUCCAACAGCCCUGCCAGCGGGCGCUCUGUUCGCUCUCCAUCACUGUCGGACUGAAACGAGCUCCUCUUGCUUUGCUACAGCUGUAUCGAAAGGCCGAGUUCAUAAAAGGCUUCUUACGUGUGCCGCCAGAAUGAAUUGUUUUAAAACCUUUGAUGGCUGUCACGAAUAAGAAGCCAACUGCCAAAUCCUCUGGAAAAGUUGUGGGUCCCAUGUUGUAUAACGUAAUGUAGACCUCCCAAGGAAACAAAGACCUUCGACUGAUCUCUUUUCAACAUGUUGUUUAACCAUUGCUGUUUACCAUGUUGUAAUUUUAAAAAAAAAUGCUUGCAUGGUUGGAGGUAAAAAUGUCUUAUUGGUAGGUAGAAUGCUGAUUUAAAAAAAAAAAAAUUAUGUGCAUAUAGCCCAUGCGGCUUGAACUGCAUUUGGCAAUCACUUCCACAAUUUUUUUUUUUUUUUUGCUUGCAGAAAAAUGCUGCUGUUUUUGCUGUGUCCUGUAAUCAGUCUCGUAAUUAUAUAAUUAAGUUUGGGCAAAAGCAAGCCCUUGCAAAAUUGGCAAAGGCAGCAGUUCCAUAAAAUGUCAGUUAACCUUUAAAAUGCACUCCUUGUAAAGUGGCCACGGGUGGGGGGGG